AUGGGCUACCAGUCAAUCCCAGUCCAGGCUCCAAUCGAAGCUUCAGCACUGAUCACGGGUACAGCUGUCAAUUCACGCGCUAAUCAAGAUGAUGUUGAGUCUGAAGAUGAGGACGAGCCUCUUGCACCGGCUCAAGGAUUUACUUCUUUCAUGCUGCAACCGGUUAUCAAGACGACCGUAUGUGAUGGUCGAACUCUGACACAUCGAGUAGCAACCGCAAACAAGGAAAAUGCACCCCCCACACCUGUACCGACAGUGCCCUCGAAGAAUCUUGUCCGAUGUGUCAGUGGACAGCCCCCUCAACCACCAGUAUCCAUGGUGCAAGAUGAACCAACUGCUGGUCCGUAUAGCCCCAAAAGCAUCUCGCUUUAUGGGUGCGGUGACAGCACUUAUUAUACGAAAGAAAGGAGGUGCCAGGAAGCUGAGGAUAGUGAUGAUGAGUUCGGAAUGGCAAUACAUGGUGUACCGUACCCUCAACCACAAUUGUAUCAAUAUCCUGAUGCACACCCCAAUUUGGAAAUCUUUCUGUGUUCACAGUCGCAGGUGACGCAGCCUUCUACAGCCCCAGUAGUGAAUACCCAUAUGCGGAAGGAACAUCAAGCCACCCCAGCACCAUCUAGUCAUGCAGCAAAGAAGCUGGAACCUAUUGUCCUGCCAUGCCUGCACCAUCAACUACAGUCGUCACCAAAUGACCCAAGACUGAAUCAUCAGGUUCACGGGGAUGAGCCCAUGUUGCGGACUUCGAUGAUCUCAGCAAGUCUCUGCUUGAAGAGACCAUCUCUAUCUACCAUGCUCAAAUUGGUGGUGUCCAUCCCUAUCCAGACCGCCUUGAAGAUUGUGAUGCCACCACAGGAGCUUGGGUGGAAUCCUGUAAUGCAUGGGGUGUUCGCGUUGAGUUUGAUGAGGACAUGCUAA